AUGGCUCUACGUGUCCGUGUGAUCUCGCAGCAACUGUGCCCACAGCCAGCGGCGAGCAAAUCUCUUGAAGAGAUCGUCUCAGCAGCUCUCGAAGAUGCGGGAAAGUACACAGCGGAUUUGGACGAGCUGAAAGCCGGCGGAAAGAUGCCAGGCAGCACGUACUAUGAUUUCAUGCAGGCUACAAAUCACCUUCUGCUGGUCACUGCAAAAAGAGACUUGGUGCCACUGCUGCACGCUUCCGAGCAAGAAGGCGGCCUGGCAUUGACCAAAGUAUUGCCCGGGCCGUGGGACGAAGCCCACAGCAUAUCAGAGAAGGCUGGGCUGCUGCAGGCAGUGCAGAAAGCCUUUGCAGAGGGCAGCAACGUGCAGCAGAUUGCAGCCUGGCAGCAGAAGUUUGGCAAACGUGGCCUCAGCAGCAACUUGGCCGUACCACAGGUGGUAAACCGAGGGUCGGGCAGCCAGAUCGUCACCCGUGUUGACACCCGGGUCAUCGUUGCUGACCCGGACGAUGCGGCCAGGCUUUCACGCAUACAUGUGCAGAAGGACGGACAGUUUGAGGCUGCAUUGAUGUCGAGCGUGAUAUCCACAACAGACAACACGGAGUGGAGAGCUCAACGGAAGCACUUGACAGAAGCAUUCUUACCUUUGUCUUCCUUGGCUCAGAUCAUGCCAGUAUCCUUCGCUCGAGCUGCCAGCUGUGCUGAAAGACUGAUGUCUGCAGCCACAGGCGGCACGCCAGUAGACAUGAGCGAUUUCAAACUGCACGAGGCACAAGCCCAGUUGCAGCUGGCUUUGCUCGGAUUGCCAGAGGAUCUCAUGAACAGCGUGAAUGCUGAGAUGCGUUCUGCAUUUCACGGAAACCCAGGCAGCAACAGGAAGAAUGCGCUUGCAGACGCCAUGUCCAAGAUAAUAGCCAGCCUCGAGAAUCAGAAGCAAGACCUGACACUUCCGAGCUCAGGGUGUCCAGUGAAAGGCCCGUUGUCGAAAGUUUUGAACACAGCCGAGCUUCCGCCUGCGAGCUUCUAUGGCAACUUGCUGCUGAUCCUAUUUGCCGGACAUGACACGACCGGACACACUAUGACCUGGCUCUUGUUUGAACUUGCUCGCAAUCCGCUCAUUCAGAGUUCCGUGCAGGCUGAAGUUGACGACUUCUUUAGAGGACUGGAUGGACGAGACCCCAAUUACCAAGACCUCAGCCGACUUCCACUCUUGGAUAGAUGCAUUACUGAAACUUUGCGCCUUUGGCCGGCUGUUGCCAAUGGAACAUUUCGCCGACUUCAGUUUGCAGAUACAGUGAAAGGCGCAGAUGGAAGGGAGGUGCAUCUGCCCAAAGGAACACUGAUCAACAUUGUGAAUUGGUCGAGACACAGGAACCCGGAGAUUUGGGGGCAGGAUGCCAAUGACUUCAACCCAUAUCGAAACUUCGAGGCUUCUGAAGUAGCUCACGUAGGCUGCCCCAUGGCUGCUGUGAACCCGCAGUCCCCGCGCUUUUCGCCCUUUGCACACUCGCCUCGCAGCUGUUUGGGACGAAACUUUGCACAAAUGGAAUUGCGAGUGAUCAUGCUGAAUCUGCUCCGGAGUUUCAGUUUCAGCCUUGCGCCGCCCUACGAUGCGCUCUAUUCGUCUAAGAUCAGCACGACGGAUCUCAGCACCUUUCAUGGUGUAAACCGCUUCACAAUGGGCCCGCUUGAUCUGGAGCGCCAAGGUAGCACCGUGUGGGGCAAAAGGCCUCUCAUCGGACUCAAGAUGAUCAUCACUCACCGGCAGAAUCCAGGCGGGCCUUGA